AUGAGUUUUGAAUGCCAACAUUGUGGACUUAGAAAUAAUGAAACACAAUUCGCAGGACCAAUACCAGAAAAAGGAUGUUCGUACACAUGUACAGUUGAGACAAAACAAGAUCUAGAUCGUCAAUUGGUAAAGUCGGAAACUUGUAUAAUAAAAUUAUUAGAGAUUGACUUGGAAAUGCCAUCGACAAAUCAAAGUGGUAAAUUAUGCACAAUUGAAGGAAUUAUUACCAACAUCAUCGAAGAUUUAUCAAUCGGUCAGAUAGUAAGAAAAGAGUUGGAACCUGAAACCUAUGAAAAAAUUGAUUUGAUAAUAAAAAAAUUGUCGGUUAUCAAUUGCGAGGUUUUACCCGUAACUUUGAUAUUGGAUGAUCCUCUUGCAAACAGUUACAUACAAAAUCCAUAUGCUCCAGAUCCAGAUCCAAAUAUGGAAAUUGAAAUGUAUGAAAGAACAUGGGAACAAAAUGAAUUUUUAGGUUUAAAUGAUAUGAACGUGGACAAUUAUGAAGAAAGCAACAAAAAUCAAUAA